AAAAUUAAACACUCCUGCUGAACGCUUGGGCAAAGCACUUCACUUUCACUUUAUGCAACGAUUUAUAACUCAAAAAAUAAAAUGGAAGAAUCAAACAUUGCACCAUCUAAGGAUCAGUUUUCUUGUCUUGUUUGCCUGGAAAUCCUGAAUAAUCCCGUCACCAUCCCUUGUGGUCAUAACUACUGCAAGAAAUGCAUUGAAGCCUGCUGGGAUCAUACUGGGGAAUGGAGCUGCCCUUAUUGUCGUGAGACGUUUGGCUCAAGGCCUCUGCUUCGCAGAAACACCCUGCUGGUUGAAAUUGUAGAAAUGUUUAAGACGGAGAGUAGAAGUUCAUCUCCUGGUAAGGCCUUUCCAGAACCUGUGGAUGUAUACUGUGAUGUAUGUCCUGGGAGAAUGGAAAGAGCUGUCCAGACCUGCCUGACCUGCUUGGCCUCCUACUGCCAGACUCACCUACAGCCUCACAUGGAGUCCGAGGCUCUGAAAAAACACAAACUGGAGCUGGCAACUGGAAACCUGCAGCAGAAGCUCUGCAAGGAGCACCAGACGCCAGUGCAGGUUUACUGCAGAACUGAUCAGACAUGCGUCUGCUUGCUGUGUGCUGCAGUAAAACACAAGGAUCACGAGGUGGUGGAACCAGAGGCCGAGAGAGCCGACAAGCAGAUCCACGUGCUUAUGACACUAAAAGAAAUCAAGAAGAGAAACCAGGAGAGAGAAGAUGAAGUGGCAAAGGCAAAGCAGUUAGCUAAGGAACUGAAGUGUGUUGCAGAAACAAAUGUGCAGGAACAAGAGGGGGUCUUCAGUUUACUUGUUCAGUCCAUCGACAGGCUGAAGUCAGAGGUGACUACACUGAUUAGAGAACAUGAGAGGAAGGAGGUGAGAAGGACUGAGGAGCACAUAGAGCGAAUGGAGAAGGAGAUAGAGGAGCUGACGAGAAAGGAUGCUGAGCUGACUAAGCUUUUGCAGACUGACGACCAUAUUCACUUCCUCCAGAAGUUCUCGUCUCUCACUUGGCCUCCAGGAGAUGGAGCCCCACCUCACAUCACUGUCAAUAAAGAGUUGCUUCCUGAAUCUCUGAGGAAAGAUCUGACUGAUCUGAAGAAGAGUCUGCAGGAGAUCAGCAGCAGGCAGUUAGUGAAAGUUAAUGGUACUGAAGAUCCAGUUUACGUCCUGCAGGAACUGAUCACCAGAAGUAGCCUUUUAAAAAAUUCCUGCCGGCUCACGUUGGACCCUAACACAGUACAUACAAAUCUCCAUCUAUCUGAAGAGAACAGGAAGGUGACGUAUAGUAAGACAGAGAGCCCGUACCCCAAUCACGCUGACAGAUUUGACUGGUGGCUCCAAGUACUCUGCACAGAAGGUCUGAUUGGGAGUCGCUGCUACUGGGAGGUGGAGUGGAGUGGAAGGAGAGCGGAAAUUGGAAUUGCAUACAAAGGACUCUGUAGGAAAGGAUACGGCGAUGUGUGCUGCCUUGGACGCAACGACAAAUCCUGGUGUUUGUGCUGCUUGGAUUCUCGGUACUCCAUGUGGCACAAUAACAAGGAAACAAUAAUCAUGGCCCCAUGCUGCUCAAAAAUAGGAGUGCAUCUGAAUUGUCCCACUGGCGUUCUCUCAUUUUAUAAUGUCUCAGAUAACAUGACCCUACUGUACAGGUUCAAGGCCUCCUUCAGUGAGCCUCUGUAUCCAGGAUUUAGGAUUGGAAUUGACUCAAGCAUUAGAAUCUGCCAGCUGGACUUCUCCGACUAAUGACUUAUGGGGUAAGACUCUCGAGAAUGCAAUGCAGCUCACGGAAUUUUUUAAUAAUGAUUUGGAUAGAAGUUAAAAGGAUUCUGUGUUUCAGAUUAACUCUAAAAUUUGUAAUAUGGACAAAACUCUUAAGAAUCCAGCACAUCAUACCAACUCCAUCAGUAAUAACUGGCACAUCACUUUGAUCACUCAGAAAUUGUGAUUAUGGCUUGUCUCUUCAGAAUCCAGUGCAGAACGCCAUCUCUGGUGUUGAUGAUUGGGUUAAGACUCUCAUGAACCAAAGGCAUUACACUGACACAACUGUUGAUGACUGGAGUAUAACUCCCAAGAAUCUAAAGCAGUACAGCCACUCCUUUGAAGAUAUCUAGGGCAUACAUUUCAGGAUAUGAAAAUAAUUCAGUUAUAAAAAUGAACAAAAAACAAGAAACAUUUACGGAUAAAAGCUUUUAACUAAUUUUUUGCCCUGUUUGCAUUACCAAACAUCUUUCUAUUCAUUGCCUAUAUCCAAUCAUUCUGAUUUAAGGGAGCAGAUAGUCUACUCUGACAUCAGAGGUGAAGAACCAACACUCAGACGGGUGUUCAUCUUAUUUAAUGAUGAGUGAUGAAGAAAUGAAACCCACCUGGGGGAUAAUUGCAAACACCUGUGACGCCAAUUGUGCCAAACAUUAUGGUGCCUUGAAAUGGGGGGAUUGUGUAUAAAAAGUGUUGUCAUCUCUACAUUUUGGGACCAAAGUGUAUGCAAAUCCCCUUAAAUGAAGGUCUGCAAUGUGCACUUUAAUCACAAUGUCUGAACUGUUUGAUUUAUAAUUUUUAAAGAGUGGAGCAGAGGGGGAAAUCAAAGAAAAAAAUGUGCCUUUGCUCCAAACAUUCUGGAGGGCACUGUAUGCAUUACAUUAAUAGAGUUUAUAACACAUCAGACACACACUGUCGUAUAAAAAGAUUGAAAAAAACAAAUCAAUCCAAUCAAAAAUACUAUAUAAUUGAUCAAGUAAUUCAGAGGAGUUAACAGUCAUGGCUAGCAAUAAUAUAAGAUAAUAAUAAUGAUCCUAUCUAUCUAUCUAUCUAUCUAUCUAUCUAUCUAUCUAUCUAUCUAUCUAUCUAU